GUUUUGGUGUAUUUGGAUCAUUGGGUUUUGGUGUAUUUGGAUCAUUAGGUUUUGGUGUAUUUGGAUCAUUGGGUUUUGGUGUAUUUGGAUCAUUAGGUUUUGGUGUAUUUGGAUCAUUGGGUUUUGGUGUAUUUGGAUCAUUAGGUUUUGGUGUAUUUGGAUCAUUGGGUUUUGGUGUAUUUGGAUCAUUAGGUUUUGGUGUAUUUGGAUCAUUGGGUUUUGGUGUAUUUGGAUCAUUAGGUUUUGGUGUAUUUGGAUCAGGGUUGUCAGGUUUUGGUGGGUCGGGUUUUGGUGGGUCGGGUUUUGGUGGGUCGGGUUUUGGUGGGUCGGGUUUUGGUGGGUCGGGUUUUGGUGGGUCAGGUUUUGGUGGGUCAGGCUUGUCAGGUUUUGGUGGAAUAAAACAAAAAUGGUUUUGGUGGUGA